CUCAUCCCUCGAGGCCAAGGUUCGUCAUGCAAGGUGACACUGGACUUCCGCUUCGUUUGUCCAGACGUCCGCCCCUCUGUCUGCCUGUCUGUCAGUCAGGUUGGUUGUGGAAUGAAGUAAGCCGCUCCGCUCCCAGGCAUGCAUGACCUGUUCGACGUGGUGAGAGCUGGGGAUCUUGAGGUCCUCAUUCAGAUGCUGGACGUCCACGGCCUCAAAAUCCUCGACACACGCGACGAAAGCGGCAUUUUGCCCCUUGGAUUGGGCUGCUUCCGCACAGCCUUUCUAUGGGCUGCCGAUAGAGGUCGUGCAUGCUUAUAAGAGAUCGACAAACAAACCUUCCGCCGAUGUGUGUGUGUCCUGCAGGUCAUCUGGACAUCAUGCGUGAGAUUGUCUCGCGAUACGGCCUGAAAAUACUGAAGCAGCUGAGUAUUGUGAGCAGCCACCACUGAGCAGUAGGCAGCUGGUCGAUUAUGCACACGUGUGUGAGUGAGUGCAGAAUGGCCGGACGCCACUGCACAUGGCGGCGGCCAGCGGGAAGACUGCGGCUGUCGGUCGGCUGAUGGCAUGGGACGACAGCAUGAUCGAUGCGCGGGACAUUGUGCGUACGGAACAAACACACAAAGAAUACGCCCGGCCCCGAAUAUAUGUGUAUGUGAAUGUCUCGCGCAUGGCAUGCAGUAUGGCUGCACGCCAUUCGGCUGGGCUGCCACGUUUGAUCAUGUGCCGUGCAUGAAGGUCAACAGACAUGCAUCCUAGGCCUUCUCAUGGCCGCUCUCUCUUGAUUGAUUGGAUCGUUGACUUGGUGUCUCUCCCUCUGUCUGUCUGUCUGUCUGUUUGUCGUGCGUGCGUGCGCGCAGCUGAUGUAUGUCAACAAGGGGAAAGCUGCCGAGUUCCUAACACAACAAGACUUCGUAAGCCAGACCACAGCAGAAAGAGACAUGACCGACCUGACCUCUCUUCUUGAUCCAUUUCUUGACAGGAUGGCAACACGGCGCUGCACACUGCAGCCCACUUCAACAACACAGCUACUGUAGAGCAGCUACUGAAGUGGGGCGGAGAACAAGACCUGCCUCUGCUCAGAAUCAGCAACCAUGAGGUGCGCAUCAAUGCCAUCCAUCCAUCCAUCCAUAUGCAGACACAUUGCUGCCUGUCGCGUCGCGUGUAGGGGAAGACUCCGUGGGAUUGUGCUUUGGGCCACCCGCGCAUUAGGCAGCUAAUGAGGAGAUACGGAUAAUAGAUAGAUAGGUGCAGGCAGACAGGCAGGCAGGCAGGCCAGCAGACGGACAGACGCCUGUAAUGGAUAAUAUGAGUUUCUGGGCGUUAGUUAGAUGGGACUUUUGGGACAGAUGCAAUGCAUGGAUGUCUGUCUGUCUUCCGCAGAACACAGAACUGGACACCUCGAUUCAAGCCGAACUGGACCGAAUCUCUGGCCAGAGUCGAUGUCUUCUCUGUCUGUCCGUGUGUGUGUCUGUGUGUGUGUCUGUCUGUGCGACAGCAAGGGA